UCCGGCAAUAUAUAUCUAAAAGAAAGUUAGAAAGUGGUCAGAAAAAGAUUAAAAUCUAGUUGUUUAACUAUAUAUAUAUUGGUUUGGUAUAUCACCAUCAGUAGCUAGCUGGUGGUGGGUGGUGUGGUGGAGUAGUAUAUCACCGCCCCAAAAUUCCUUUCUUAACGGCAAGAUUUUCCGGCAUUCCAGCUUACUCUUCCUCCAUACCCACCUACACCACUUUUAUAAACUUGAUUGAGAAACCCUUAUGUUUAUUCUGUCAGUUUGUGUCUUGUUUUUGUUUCCAUUAGGGUUUGUGUUCUUUGGGAUCUGGUAGACAAAAAGACAAGUGCUUUUACUUCAAUUCCCGAGAAAAUUAAAAACCCUUUUUGGUCCCUAAACAUUCCACUUGUUCUUUGCAUAUCUUUUUACCUUUUUGGCUAUUUUUCUUGUUUUUUUAACCAAAGUUCUAGAGACAAGUUCUUGAAACUCUCUUUGUAGCUUGUUAGAAGAACAACAAGGUGGAUUUAAGUGAAGAACACCUUCACUUCCAAAGUUUCUUUGUGUUCUUGUAUCUUCUUAUUAUUCAAUACGCGUGCCGCUGCGUGUGCAAGUGCUGUGAAGAAGUUUUUCUUUUGUAUGAUUUUGGGUGCACAAAGUUUUGGACCAUCAUAAGUUAAGGAACAUGAAUAACUUUUCACAUGUUCCUCCUGGUUUUAGAUUCCAUCCAACGGAUGAAGAACUUGUAGAUUACUACCUCAGGAAAAAAAUCGCAUCAAAACGAAUUGAUCUUGAUGUAAUUAAGGACGUUGAUCUCUACAGAAUUGAGCCAUGGGAUCUUCAAGAAUUAUGCAAACUAGGAACCGAGGAGCAAAAUGAGUGGUAUUUCUUUAGCCACAAGGACAAAAAAUACCCGACAGGAACUCGCACAAAUAGAGCCACCAAAGCCGGCUUUUGGAAAGCCACCGGAAGAGACAAGGCCAUAUACUCCAAGCACAAUUUAGUUGGCAUGAGAAAGACCUUGGUCUUUUACAAAGGACGAGCUCCCAAUGGACAGAAAUCAGAUUGGAUCAUGCAUGAGUAUAGACUAGAAACAAAUGAAAACAACACUACUCAGGAAGAAGGAUGGGUUGUAUGCAGGGUAUUCAAGAAGCGAAUGACAACUGUACGUAGGAUGGAAGAGCAUGAUUCGUUAUGCUGGUUUGAUGAUCAAGCCUCAUUCAUGCCGAAUUUCGAAUCACCAAGAAGGAUAAGCCAUCCUUACACUUCAAACAGUUCAUACCACCACCAAUUUGCUGCAAAACCCGAGCUCUAUCAAUCGCAUUACAACUUGCCUCAAGAUCACCCCUUUCUUCAACUUCCACAAUUAGAAUCUCCCAAAAUUCAACAUCCUCUUGCUGCCAAUAUCCAGCCCACAACUCAGCAGUUGAACAUCAACUUGCUUUAUGGUAACAAUGAUGAACAAGAUCCUCAUGUGACUGAUUGGCGUGUACUUGACAAAUUUGUUGCUUCACAACUUAGUAAUGAUCAAGAAUCUUCCAAUCCUCCCCCGUCAUCUCUUCAAAUGGCUGAACAUAUGAACCUACUUUUAAGCGAGUCUAAGAGCGAUGAAAUGGCUUCAGAAUGUGCUUCAAUAUCCACCUCCUCUUGCCAGGUUGAUCUUUGGAAGUAAUUAACUCAAAAACUUGAAUCCAAUUUCUAAUCACAUCAACUAGAAAAGGGAAAAAGAGGCUAAUAUAUCAUGGUGAUAGAAUGUAAGUACUAAAUAAACAUAUUAUGGGUGAAGUGUUUUUUUAUCAAAUUUGUUGGACUGAGCUUUCUUAAGUAGAUACAUAUGUAUGUAAUUCAUAUAACAUAUCUCUAAUGUAUGAAGGUGCUUAUUUGUUUG